GAGGUGACGUCAGGAGGCGGUGCAGGCCGCGCACGGGCGGCAGCCUUUGUGCGGUGCGGCGCGGCGAUGCUGCCGGGGGGGAAGAAGGCCGCGGAGGCGGCGGCGGGCGGUGAGGGCGGGCCGGAGGCGCCGGUACCUCCGCCCGCCGCCGGGGGGGCCCUGGCCUCCUCGGCUGAGAGCGGCGGGGCUGCGGAACGCACUCCCCGCAAGAAGGAGCCGCCGCGGGCCUCGCCCCCGGGCGGUCUGUCUGAGCCGCCGGCCGCUGGCGCCGCCCCUGCGCCCGGCGCCGAAACUACUGGCAUCGCCGAGACCCCAGAGGGUCGCAGGACCAGCCGCCGCAAGCGGGCCAAAGUGGAGUAUAGAGAGAUGGAUGAGAGUCUUGCAAACCUGUCAGAAGAUGAAUAUUACUCUGAAGAAGAGAGAAAUGCUAAAGCUGAGAAAGAGAAAAAACUACCACCGCCACCUCCACCAGCUCCUGUAGAAGAAGAGAAUGAAAGCGAGCCAGAGGAGCCAUCUGGGCAAGCAGGAGGACUUCAAGACGACAAUUCUGGAGGGUAUGGAGACGGCCAAGCAUCAGGUGUGGAGGGUGCAGCUUUCCAGAGUAGACUUCCACACGACCGUAUGACAUCUCAAGAAGCUGCCUGCUUCCCUGAUAUAAUCAGUGGGCCACAGCAGACUCAGAAGGUGUUUCUGUACAUCAGGAACCGCACCCUGCAGCUCUGGUUGGAUAAUCCAAAGAUUCAGUUGACAUUUGAGGCAACUAUCCAACAAUUGGAAGCACCGUAUAAUAGUGAUACAGUGCUUGUUCACAGAGUACACAGCUAUCUGGAACGGCAUGGUCUAAUCAACUUUGGUAUCUACAAAAGAGUGAAGCCCCUUCCAACCAAGAAGACUGGAAAGGUGAUCAUUAUCGGUUCUGGAGUCUCUGGGUUGGCAGCAGCUCGCCAGUUACAGAGUUUUGGGAUGGAUGUCACAGUUCUGGAAGCCAGGGACCGAGUAGGAGGAAGAGUUGCUACCUUUCGCAAAGGGAACUAUGUUGCUGAUCUAGGAGCAAUGGUGGUAACAGGACUUGGAGGAAAUCCCAUGGCUGUGGUCAGCAAACAAGUGAAUAUGGAAUUGGCUAAGAUCAAACAAAAAUGCCCACUUUAUGAAGCAAACGGACAAGCUGAGACCCAGUCAGGAUGGAGACUGGCAGUGUGGCUCCAUGCAGCCAGCCAUCGGGGUAGGGCGGAAUCCCUCAGCACAGAAAAGGUUCUUACUGCUCCUUUGGCUAACCCGCUGGGACAGGUUCCAAAAGAGAAAGAUGAAAUGGUGGAGCAGGAAUUUAAUCGUCUGCUGGAAGCCACCUCCUAUCUCAGUCAUCAGCUGGAUUUUAAUGUUCUCAAUAACAAGCCUGUCUCUCUUGGUCAGGCUCUGGAGGUUGUCAUACAAUUGCAGGAGAAGCAUGUGAAGGAUGAGCAGAUUGAACACUGGAAAAAAAUUGUGAAAACACAGGAGGAAUUGAAAGAUCUUCUUAACAAGAUGGUGAAUUUAAAAGAGAAGAUUAAAGAACUUCAUCAACAGUACAAGGAAGCAUCAGAAGUGAAGCCACCUCGGGAUAUUACAGCAGAGUUCCUUGUGAAAAGCAAACACAGAGAUCUGACUGCACUUUGCAAGGAGUAUGAUGAAUUGGCGGAAACACAAGGAAAGCUGGAAGAGAAGUUACAAGAACUUGAAGCCAAUCCACCAAGUGAUGUUUAUCUGUCAUCAAGAGACAGGCAAAUACUCGAUUGGCAUUUUGCAAACCUAGAAUUUGCUAAUGCGACGCCCCUGUCUACGCUUUCUCUGAAGCACUGGGACCAGGAUGAUGACUUUGAAUUCACAGGCAGUCACUUGACUGUGAGGAAUGGAUAUUCCUGUGUGCCUGUAGCCUUGGCAGAAGGCUUGGAUAUUAAAUUAAACACAGCAGUUCGACAGGUUCGCUAUACAGCAUCAGGCUGUGAAGUGAUAGCCGUAAAUACCCGAUCUACUAGCCAGACUUUCAUUUACAAAUGUGAUGCUGUGCUGUGUACUCUUCCCUUGGGAGUACUGAAACAGCAGCCUCCAGCAGUACAGUUUGUGCCACCUCUUCCUGAGUGGAAAACUUCUGCAGUGCAGCGUAUGGGAUUUGGCAACCUUAACAAGGUUGUGUUGUGUUUUGACCGUGUCUUCUGGGAUCCGAGUGUCAAUUUGUUUGGUCACGUUGGCAGCACUACUGCAAGCAGAGGAGAACUUUUCUUGUUUUGGAACCUGUACAAAGCACCAAUUUUGUUGGCCUUGGUAGCAGGAGAAGCAGCAGGGAUCAUGGAAAAUAUCAGCGAUGACGUCAUUGUUGGACGGUGCCUUGCCAUCCUCAAAGGCAUAUUUGGUAGCAGCGCUGUGCCGCAGCCUAAAGAGACUGUGGUGUCCCGCUGGCGUGCUGACCCAUGGGCCCGGGGGUCAUAUUCCUAUGUAGCAGCUGGAUCUUCUGGAAAUGACUAUGAUUUGAUGGCUCAGCCAAUUACUCCAGGGCCAGCCAUUCCAGGUGCUCCUCAGCCUAUUCCUCGCCUGUUUUUUGCGGGAGAACAUACAAUUCGUAACUACCCUGCAACUGUUCAUGGAGCUUUACUGAGUGGACUGAGAGAAGCCGGUCGCAUUGCAGACCAAUUUCUUGGGGCCAUGUAUACUUUGCCUCGCCAGCCUACACCUGGGGUCCCCCCACAACAAGCUGCCAGCAUGUAAGAAAAGUAGAAGGUGUCAAAAGAGAGUGACAAGACCACAGUGCUGCUGUUGUGGACUCUUUGGGAUGAAGAUAUUCAUGUAGUCUGUAACAGUAUCUGCUGAAAGGACUUAGCCAUGACUUACUGUAUAACACUUCCAUUAGAACAGCCUUACAAAAACUUACCUAACCUUUGGCUUGGCAUCCUUUUACAAAAUCUGUUAUACCUAUUUGAAGCGUCACUGUACACAGAAUCCUGUACUACCAAGCUGGUCAGGGACUUUUUUGACUGCUGUUACUUUUUGAAAGUCAAGCUUACAGCCAGAGGGUUUUUAGGGUGUGUUUUUUUCUACCUAUACAUGUAUUUACAAUUUGGUAAUUGCACAAGGCCCUCUAGAAGCUGGUUGCUACAAAUAGUAGCUUAGUGUAGAAUUUAUGUAAACUUCUUUGUCGGAUGGGGUUUUUUAUUGGUUUGUUUUGAAGAUAUUUUUUGUGGCAUUUGAGAAUUUGGUGCAAGUGUUUCCCUAGCAAAUCACACCCCUCCAAAGUUGUCCAUUGGCUGCUACAACAUAUGCAGCCUGCUUUAGAAAGAAAGCUGGUAUUACAAAGAGUGUGCAAAGCACACUGUUUUAUUAAAUACUUUCAACAAAAGAAAUAAUCAGAAUUGGAUAUUUGCAACUUAAAUACUCAAAAAAAAAUUUGUAUUUGUUUCAUAGAAUCAUAGGGUUGGAAGGGCCCUCUGGAGAUCCAGUCCAACCCCCUGCCAGAGCAGGGUCACCCAGAGCAGGUGGCACAGGAACGCGUCCAGGUGGGUUUGGAAUGUCUCCAGAGACGGAGACUCCACCACCUCUCUGGGCAGCCUGUGACAGGGCUCUGCCACCCUCACAGCAAAGAAGUUCCUCCUCAUGUUUAGGUGGAACUUCCCAUGGUCAAGUUUGUGCCCGUUGCCCCUUGUCCUGUCGCUGGGCACCACUGAAAAGAGCCUGGCCCCAUCCUCCUGACACCCACCCUUUAGCUCUUGCUGAGCAUUGAUGAGAUCCCCUCUCAGCCUGCUCUUCUCCACCUGAACAGCCCCAGGGCUCUCGGCCUUUCCUCAGCACAGAGAUGCUCCAGCCAUCUCCAGAUCAUCUCUGUAGCCCUGCACUGGACUCUCUCCGGUAAUUCCUUGUCUGUCUUGAACUGGGGAGCCCAGAAAUGGACCCAGCACUCCAGAUGUGGCCUCCCCAGGGCAGAGCAGAGAUGGAGGAUGACCUCCCUCCACCUGCUGGCCAUGCUCUUCUUCAUGCACCCCAGGAGACCAUUGGCCACCUGGGCCACAGGGGCACAUUGCUGGCAACUUGUUGUCCGCCAGGACUCCCAGGUCCCUCUCUGCAGAGCUGCUCUCCAGCAGGUCACCCCCAACCUGUCCUGGUGCAUGGGUUUAUUCCUCCCCAGGUGCAGCACCCUCCACUUGCCCUUGUUGAACUUCAUUAGGUUCCUCUCCACCCAACUCUCCAGCCUGUCCAGGUCUCGCUGAAUGGCGGCAUGGCCUUCUGGUGUGUCAGCCACCACCCCCCCAGCUUUGUAUCAUCAGCAAACUUGCUGAGGUGCACUCUGUCCCCUCAUCCAGGUCGUUGAUGAAUAUGUUGAACAAGACUGGCCCCAGUACUGACCCCUGGGGAACACCGCGAGUUCCAGGCCUCCAACUAGACUCUGCGCCGCUGAUCCCAACUCUCUGAGCUCUGCUAUUCAGCCAGGUCUUGAUCCACCUCACUGUCCACUCAUGUAACCCACACACUUCCUCAGCUUACCUAUGAGGAUGUUACGGCAGACUGUGUCAGAAGCCUUGCUGAAGUCAAGGCAGACGACAUCCACUGCUCCCCCCUCAUCCACCCAGCCAGUCAUGCCACCGUAGAAGGCUAUCAGAUUGGUCAAGCAUGAUUUCCCCUUGGUGAAUCCAUGUUGACCACUCCCAAUAACCUUCUUUUCCUCUAUGUGCUUAGAAAUGAUAUCCAGAAGGAGCUCUUCCAUCACCUUUCCAGGGAUGGAGGUGAGGCUGACCAGCUUGUAGCUUCCCGGGUCCUUUUUCUUGCCCUUUUGGAAGACUGAAGUGACAGUGGCUUUCCUCUAGUCCUCAGGCACCUCCUGUUCUCCAUGACCUGUCAAGGAUGAUGGAGAGUGGCUUUGCAAGAACAUCUGCCAGCUCCCUCAGCACUCCUGGGUGCAUCCCAUGAGGGCCCACGGAUUUGUGCAUGUCAAGUUUGCUUAAAUGAUCUCUAACCCGAUCCUCCUCGAUCGAGGGAGAAUCUUCCUUACUCCAGGCAUUUUCUCUUUCCUCCAGGGUCUGGGAUUCCUGAGGGCCGGCCUUAGCAGUAAAGACUGAACCAAAGAAGGUAUUCAGUAACUCCGCCUUCUCUGCGUCCUCCAUCACUAAGGCACCCACCUCAUUCCUCAGAGAGCCCACGUUUCCCCUGGUCUUCCUUUUACCACUGAUGAACUUGAAGAAGCCCUUCGUGUUGUUCUUGACACCCCUUGCCAGGUUUAAUUCCAAGCGGGCCCUAGCCUUCCUCAUUGCAUCCCUGCAUACUCUGACAACGCUCCUGUACUUCUCCCAAGUGGCCAGUCCCAUUUUCCACAUUCUGCAGACUUCCUUCUUCCAUCUGAGUUUUUCCAGAAGCUCCUUGCUUAUCCCUGCGGGUCUCCUGCCUCCUUUGCCUGAUUUCGUGCUCCUAGGGAUGCACUGAUCUUGAGCGUGGAGGAAGUGGUGCUCAAAUAUUAACCAUCUCUCUUGCACCCGCCUACCUGCUGGAGCCCUAAGCCAUGGGAUUCCUCCAAGUAGGUGUUUGGAGAGGCCCAAGUCAGCUCUCCUGAAUUGCAGGAUUGUCAUCCUACUUACUGCCGUGCUUCUUCCACGCAGGAUCCUGAACUCCACCAUUUCAUGGUCACUGCAGCCAAGGCUACCCUCAACCGUCACAUCCCCAACCCGGUCCUUCUUUGUUAGUAGAGGGUCCAGCAGAGCACACCUCUCCUCUUCUCUUUGUAUAGGAGCAGAGUUGCCUGGACAGUCAGUUAGCUGAAGGACCUCAUCUCUUAACCUCUGUGCACUGCAGGUAGGCACUCUGUGUACCUGCUGAUCUCAUUUCUUCUAGGCUGAUGAGGUGAUGUUGCAGCUGCUAUUGUUACGCUUCUAUAAAACACUUUGGUUUGUCUGCUUUUCCAAAUAUUUUCCUUCUUGUUGAUUCAGCACAUAGAGCCUUCCUUUCGUUGCACAGAGCAGUCUUAUUUAAGCGUUUAGGUCCUCUUUUCCCCUCUCCUCUUUUGCCCAUUCAGCAUUAGGCUUUUCUUAUUUCUUCCAGCUUUUCUGAUUCUCCUCUUUCUACAGUUUAUUUCUAUCUCAUCUAAUCAUGGUCUUUGUUCAGUGUUUUUUCUACUUUUCGGUUUUUCCGUUCUCACUCUCUCUGACUCCAUAUCUGUCCCGACUUCUUCUGUCCUUGCACCUUCUGUUCUGCUGGAGGACUGGUACCUCCUCCUGUUCCAUCUUCAUCCCCCUACAAUUGCAUUGCCCGUACUUCUUCCUGAACAAAGCACGCACACAAACACGACUGCAGCCCCUGCUUGUUCACAGCCGUAUUGUCUUUGGCCACAGACUCUCCAUCUUCUAACGUCGUUGCUUCUGCUGUUUUCUCAUGUGUCCUUCUCAGUAGCUGGAGAUCGUUCUUCCUCCUAUGUCUGUUAUCUUCUGGAUGCUUUCUUGUUAGAUGUUGAAGGCUAUGAGGGGGUAUCUCCAUAGGCAAUGCUUCUGACCAGCUGGGAGAAAGGCGAGAACUCGGAUGUGCCAGGGGGAACAGCCUGUGAGAGGGCCUGGACUUGGGGUGUCAAGGGCUAAGCCCUUUGAGGUGGCUGGGGUUGGUGCCCUGGGGCACCCUCUAUCCCAGACCUUGGUCUAAAUUAGCGCUGCCUUCCCUGUAUCUCUGACUUUGCAAACACCGUUAUUGAAAGGGGUAACGCCUGAGCAACACUGCUCGUUCCCACUUUCCCUUCCAGGGAACGACACAGACUUUGCGACGGUGUGUUGGAAAACUGCCAUUGAAGCAGGGCAGGAAUUGGAAGUCAGCAGGGGGUGGAGGAGGGGUGUCCAGGGGGUGACUGAGAGUGAAUAGAGAGUAAUUCGAGACUCAAGACUCCCUGCCUUGUGUUCAGGUAAGAGCUUAUGAGCACCACUGCCCAGAGAAAUCCUGCUCCAGGACGUGUGGUGGGCCUUUAAAAUCCAGCAACAGCCGAUCUAGUCUCUUGGCUGGUCUGGCUGGCGAUGGGAGAAGAAUUUGGGAACUGGGGUGCCAUGUUCUGUAACCCGUGGGUCUCCGUAUUUGUGGGGUGGUUUGCUGUUGGGAUCAGCGAUGGUGCUGUCUUUUGCCAGGAGGACCGUUAUUCCACUUGCUCUAGCAAAGCGUCAAAAACUCAGAAAAAGCAGUUCAGCAGUUUCUGGAAAAUAAAAUAGUUCUCAACUUAACAUAGCCAAACGAUGCCUUUUCCAGACAAAUACCAAGCUACUUCUGCAUCAGCCUAGUAGUGUUGUUUUCAGCUGCUUUGUUCUGCUUUAUGUUUGUUCUGAGAUUUAGCAGAUUGUUCGGCAGGCUAAUUCUGACAAACAGUGCACAGUAAUUUGUUGGAGACAUUCAAAUGUAAACAGAAUUCCAUUCCCACAUUGCCCUUGGUUUGGCUGAGCGGAGCUAAUCUCUCCCCUGGCAGUGCCCUGCCUUCCCUUUUCAAACAGACAUCUGAAAACUAUGGUGUCCGUUGACGGGAGAAGGCAGAGGAGCCCUGACAGUUCCCACCCUUUUUGAAGGUGUGCAAGGAAUUGGUGGGUGCUGGCUGAUGUUGGUGAUGGGCACGAGCGAAGGAAUGGGAAUGCCAGGCGAGGGGAGGAGGCCCUGUAAUUUGAUCUAGCCUGUUCAUUGCUUUCAGGGUUUUCACGGGAAGAUGAGGACCGUGAUCUGUGGCCUCUCCAUCACCUUUGGGGUCUCUGGACCUAUUCCUCAGCCGGUCCCUGCUAACAAGCUCUAGUAGGUGUUGGAGAGUGAACAGCUCGGAGUGCUUCAGCUCUGAGGGGUGUUUGGGGCUCAGCACAGAUGCAGACGGGGCUGUGCAGCCAGCGGCUGCUGGACUCCUCAGAGCUGCUGUGCUGCAGCUCCUGCCCAGUUUCUUGUGGUCAGUGGCACUGGCUGCACCCCGAGCAGAAGGGAGCAGCGGUGGGAGGAGAGUCAAAGACUACUGCCUUUGUUCCAGUUGUGUCCUGUGGAAUUGCUUGGGAUGGAGGGAGGAGCCUGGGGGGAAGCACUGCCACCCCAAGGCCAGCUGGAGCUUGCAGGCUGGAAAAGGUGGCCUAAGCACGUAGUGAUGUCCUCUUAGUGUUGGGGUUCAGCUCUCUGGGCCACAUGGUGAAACUCCCAUUGUUCGUCCAGGAGCAGGAUGGUCUCACUUUCUUUGCAGUGCUACCAGUGCGUGUCAUUCCUUGAGCGGGUCUUCUCCCGGCAGUUAAAGCAGCUCUUGCCUUGCUGCUUCUGUCACCCCCGCAGUGCCUUCUGCUGUGCCUCAGACAGCGGCUCUUGAGUCCCGACCAUCCAUGUGCGCGUUUAGGAGCAUAUCGCUCUCUGCUCCCCAUGCCAGGCUCUGUUAGAUGGACCUUUGGUCUGACCCAUAAUGGCUUGUCCUACUUAAGUGCUGUCUGUGCAGUCUUCUGCCACUGUCACCUACGGAGGAGACGGCGCUGUAACUAAAUGGGUCACCAGACCCUCUUCAUCUCAGCGUCCUUCCACGUGGUGUAGCCGCUCUUCCCCUUGCUGCUGUUUGCUUGCCCUGACUUCCUUGGAGGAAUUGCCUGAGCUGUUUCAGCAGAUCAUGGAUGACCUUCAUCACAGAUUUGAGGCUGCUGGGGGCGGUCACAAAACCUUGCGACCAAGUCCGGUUGCACCCUCUGUAGCGUACCUUUGUACCUUUCCGCCUCUUCUCAGGGACUUGCCCUUCUCACUGUACUCCACGGCUGUUUCUGACAACAAAACUGAUUGGUGCCCGUUUUGGAAAGAAAAGUGUUCUUCCCUGGUCAGACUUCCCUUCCCGGACUGAAGAUGCAAGACCAGAGGGAUCCGCCCCGGGGUUCUGAAUCCCGAGUGAACGCCUGCACUCGCUGCUCAGGUUGUGGUUUUGGGACGGGGUGAAUCUGCAGGAAGAUUGACGUUUCUCAGUUCUGACGUGUCUGUGGUGGUGUCAAGUGCUAGCAUCUACUUUGCAAUAAACUACCGUGAGCUCAGGGCCUUCGUGGUCAGCCUUUGUGCGGAACUGAGAAUAUUUGCCGUGGGGUUGCCUGCAGUGGAAAUGAAUUGCAAAGCCUGGGUUCUCCCUGGUUUGUUACCUUUGUAACUGACGGGAUCGUAAACCGAGAGGAACGACUUCACUGGGGGGGCUUCGGUUUCAUUUUUUUAUUAUGAAUCUUUUAAUCUGACCGGAUUUCUUGCUAGAUUUCUAAAAAAGUUCAGCUGAGGGUCCUAUGGUCAACAAGGAGCUCAGAGUUCAUCUCAUAGUCUUUAAGCCAUGAAGUGGCUCCAAAAAUUGACUAAACUUAAUUUAUUUGUAUACUUCAGAUUCUUUUUAAAGGUGGUGAUAAUUCCAUUAGUUACUUUUUCCCAAAAAUGUAAAAAUGUUUACCAAAAGAGAAUUGGAUGCCAUGGGCUGGUUUGUUUUCAAGUUUGCUGCUUUUACCAACUUUUUUUUUUUUUUUUGCAAUUUCCAAUAUACGUAAUUUCUGAAGGUGUAAUUUUGUGUUCAUUUGGAAGGAGUAUUAAAACUUACAGGAAAUGCUUACACUGACAUUCUUCCCCAAAGCGACUGGCAUGCUUCCGGGCCUUAUGCCCUGGGUGUUAUCUGUUACCAGAUAAAUAGCCGAAAAACCCACAAGUUGUCACCUUUAGAAGGUCAGUGGAGAGUGAAAGCAUCCCUUUAAUUGUCUGUGCUUAUCACGCACGGAAUGUGUCUUUUCCGAAGAACAAAUUGUCUAAAAAUUAGGUUUUUUUCCAGCCUUGCUGAUGUGUCUGUUAAAAGCUGUUGCCUCUUUACGGUGUCCGUUGUCGUGAAUUUGCAAAGCUCCUUCAGGGCUGGUGGAGUCUGUUAAUCCCAGGAGCUGAUGGGCAUCAUGUCAACGUGGUGUUUAGAAACUCCCUGGAAGACAUGACAGAGGGCUGAGAAACGCCGGAAAAUAUCCAAUGCAAGUAUUCACACCAGGAACGCAGGCCAGGCUUCACAGUCCUGCACUUCUGUGUCUCAUCACAUUCUUGGGUGCGCACGUGGAUACGGGGCAGAGCAGCUGGUCACAGUCCCUGGCACACGUGGUUCUUCCCCAUUUCCAGCCGACCGGAGACACUGGUGAUACUGGGAGCCUCGCGGUCAUAUGAGGUGUGACCAUGCUUCAAACACACAGACGACACGUAUUUUGACUGUAGCUGUAGGUUCAACCUUUCCACGUCCCUGAUGAAUCGGUAAGGAAGGCUGGCACCUCGACUGGCCUCGCUUCACCGAUGCUGUUAAUGGGGCUGUUCUUGCGCUGAGACACUCAGAAUAAUUUUUGUAGUUUCUCAUGCAAAUAUUGUCUGGUUUAGUACAUGCCUUAUGAAAUAACAAGCAAGAAAUAGCGGCAGGGUGGCUUGUUCACAAGCAUCCAGGAGUGCUGUUAAGCUGAAGAAAUCCCUUGUCGUGUUCCUGCUGUAUCGGAGUAUUGGAGGACUCGGCUGCGCAGGCGCGUGCGACGUUUAAACCACUGCCCAGCAAAAGAUGUGCAAAGACAUUUCAUGGAAGAUUUUGCAGAAAGACUUAUGGUAAUGUCUGAAAUACCUACUUAGGGUGGGGAUUAUCUUGCCUAACCUAUCCGUUUCCUCUGCACUAGUUACCUAGAGAAACUCGUCUCGUCCCUGUGUCCAGAUAGUUUCAGGGCUGUUAAUGAGUCUGUUAAUUGGGGCUUUGAGUUCUGGUAUUGCAGGACUUACAUCCAGACCUUUCUUACUAGUAUGUGGCCGAAUGUGCCACACUCAGAAGCCUCAGGUGUUGGUAGUGCAGUUGUACACUGUCAGCUCAAGGACCUUCUGGAGAUAGUUUCCAUUUACAACUUCCAUGUUCCAGACCCAGCUGGCAGCUUCCCGCUCACAGAAACGACUUUGGAUAUGUCCUGUGCUUGGGGGUCUGCUGUCUCAUGGGGCCAAAAGUUUUGAUCUCUGUUUCAUUCAUUGUUGGUCCCCAUCAAUGUAGUGUUAAUUACACCUCGCCAUGAAGGGACUUCUGCUCACUGUUAGUCUCUUGUUCUCUUUUCUAGACACUGUACUGCUGCAGCCAACAACUUUAAGGUUAUUUAACUUGAAAAAGGGUAGAUUACCUGUUUUUUUAGACUUGACACUUGAAAGACAGAGAAGUCUUGGCCUGCCAGUCCAGCCUAGAUGAUAAUAAAGUAUCGUUUCCAUCUGUCAGGGUCAUGCCUUUCAGAAGCUCCUGAAUGCGUUUACCUUGUUUGUGGAGAGGUCCCAGGUACGUGUCUCUUUGUGGAGGCUGUCUGGAUAAUCCCGUGUUGAUAUCGCAGUUGGCUGCGUGUGGUCCCUGGCUGGAACCUCCUGGCAGGGCACGGUCAUCCCUCGCAGCGGUGCAGCGGGCAGUCUGUUCCUCCUUCCGCACAGGCUCCUUCUCUUCUCAUACCUGCACCAAAUGCUGCUCCUCCACUUGAGCAUCUGGUAAUUAGUCCUAGAUUUUGCAAAUGGUGCAAUUACCGCUUGCUUUGUUUGCAAGCCACCCUUGGGUAUCUGCACCUCUGUGGAACUGUUUGAGGUUACCAAAGGUUAAAACAGACGUGUGGCCCCCAGCCACCUGAAAAUUGAAGUUACCGAGGUGCUGUGUGACGUAUGUACUCCACACACUUCCUAGUUCUUCAUCCUCAUAGUCCCACGUACCUUUUUUUUUUUUCUUUUCUCCCCAGAUUUUCUGUUGAGCCUUGUGUGCUCAUGGCUUAACACGUGGGUUCAAGUCUCAGCCACGAUCCACGGUUAUAGGAGAGGAAUGUCUGCAAUUUCAAGUUAUUGGGCAGAGUUAGAACUGAUGUUUGGACAACACGCGCCCGUCCUUAGUAAUUUUUCCUCACUCACAGAAUCAUGCCCUCGUGAAUAAUACGUAGAGCUUGUCAGACCACUCGCUUUGAAUGCUUUUUCCUGAUUUGCUGAGGAUACUGCAGCUUGGUGGUCUGAGGUAAGCGUGAAAAAAUUACUGCAACUAGCAAUGUAUGAAUGAGACUACUGAAUUCCUGCUCAGCAACAGAAGCCAGCUUCUUCUGAGGCUGUCAGUGAUGGAGGAUGCGAUGUAGAAUUAAGUGUGACCGGAGUACUCAGUUUGCCUUUCUUAAACCUUAUGCCCUGCCUGAUGUUGCGCAGGUGCUUGUAACCCAGAGGGGCCAGAAUCUCCCCAUCUCCUUGGUACUUGGUGUGCUCCUGCCGUGCUGCACUGUGCAGUGUGGGUUAGCACAGCAGGGGACGUGCUUUUUGGAGUGGAUAAGGAUUUAGGACGUUACUUACCUUUCAGGGUAUUCCGGUGGGAAUGUGCCGCCCAGCGUUUCCUUGUAGUUGAAGUGUGAAGGGUUUGGGCACUGCCCCUGUUCUCAGAAGCAGCUGAGGUGCUGCAGCUUUUGAAGAAAACAAGAUUCCCGUUUAUUGGCAGCUCAUCACAGUUCUGGAGGUAGCUGGUCCAUUUGAGGAGAUGGGAUAGCCAACCUGCUCCUGAAGGCAGGUCCUAGAAUGUGGCCUGGGAUGGGAAGGGCUGCAGCUGGUAAGAUCUUGGUGGGCCUGAAGGCACCUGGAAAAAACUCCGGCUGAGAACACUGAGCUAAUGUGGAUGUUUCGUGAAGGAAACAGUAAGAGAUGACCUUGUCGUAGCCUUCACCUCCCUCCGGCUGUCACGUUCAGUCUACUUGUUUUGAUUCCAUUGUUUACCCUGUACAAUCCCAGCUUUGUUUGGAUGCAUCACAGGAGCAUCCUGGAUGGGAGCUGGAAGUUAAAGGCUUCAACUCCAUGGCUAAUCCAGGCCUAGCUCUGCCGUUGCUAGGAGGAUGUUGGGUUACUCUCCAUAGCAUCAUAACUGGGGUGAUUAACCCCAGGUACGCGGAGGUGUUACCCACGGUGCACCAGAGGAGUGAGAGCAGUGCUGGGCCCCCGUCUGGGUCAGUAAGAGUUAACAUCAAGUAAGUUCACCGACAGCCUGCGUUUGCGCUUCCUAUGCAGAAGGAAACAGCUUCUGCUCCCAACAAGAUGGUGGUUUUUAAAGAAGAUAAGGGGAGUCCUGGGUGCCUGAGUAAGUGCGUAUCGCUCGGGAUGAAGGAAGGUAUUGACUGGACUCGGAGGCAAUUUGGCCGCGGCCGUCCCCUGGGACUGGAGGGAGACAUUUGCCUUCGUGUUGGGGUAUUAGGGAGGUGAUGGGGUCACGGGCUGUGAACAGGCACCACGUGGUGCCUCUUCGCCUUGAAGUACUGGGAGAGGCUUAGAACGGAGCUAGUGCCGAUGAGUCCAGGGACCUUGGGACGAGUUCGGCAAUUCUCCUCCCAGCUGAGCUCUGCAAUGGCAAAGCCUCAGCCUCCUGCCAGUUCAUUUAUUUCCUCCUGACCCAGCUGCGUUCUCGCUUGUGCCAUGGCUGCUUCAGCACGAGGGUGCCCCCCCCCCCCCGGCCCCUUCUCCCCUGCUUUACCCUGGUCUUCUGAGGCCUGACAGAUGUUGGCUUGAACUCUCAGCAGGCUUAGGGGAAUGAACGGAGACCUUCCCUUCUCUGUGGCAUCUAGGCCACCAAGUAAUAAAAAAUACAACCGCUUUAGCUGGUAGUGUUUUGUUUUUGAAGGCAAAUAGCUGUGGCUGACUUGGUGCCAUGUGUGUGCUUGGAGGGCAUGUAACAGAGAUCACCUCUUGGGGGACUGAAGGGUCUACGUAUCCUCAAACCUUGUUUCCAUAACCUGAUGACGGCUACAUGGAAUUCCAGUUCAAGUUGAGUGCAGAGAACUUGAAAACAAUUGUGUACGUCCAUCUGUGCAAAUGCCAAAAGCAAGGAACUAUGUCUGGGUUUCGGAUGGCUUGGAUUAAAAAGCACGCGAGUGAAGGUAUGACCGAGGAGAAGCAGCCCGGGAAGCUGAGGGGAGGCAGGCUGCUGGUGGGAACGUGAGUAGCUGGGCACCAGGCCGGCAGCGUGCCCUGUGCCGGCUAAAGGCAUCCGUAGACGAGUGGGACUGGCUCCAGAGUCAGGCGGGUGUUCCCUACCUGGCGAGGACUGAUUUUUGGAUGGGAGUGGUGGUAACGGUGGUGAGAUCAGUUUGCAAGAUUAGGAAACACAUUUAAGGGGAGCUGUCGGCUGUCUCUGUAGCUUGGGCAAAUACCGCUUCGGGUGUGACGCCAGAGUUAAAAUGUAAGACACUACUUAGAGCUCUGCGAGUGACACGUCAGGAGCCCACGGGAGGAGAAGCAGUGCGUGGUCUGAGUGGAGCACGGCUGCGUUCAGCUCCGUUUGCCGUGUGUGUACGCACUGCCCGUGCCUUAAAUGCAGCCUGGGAAUGGAUGUACGGGAUCUGCUUGGUUACAGGGAAAAACUAAGGACAAGGUGGUGAGAGUCAGCACUAACACACCGUUCUGCAGCCUGGAGCUACCUCAGCGCCUCACCAAGGGGCAUCGGUACCUCCCAGUAACGGACUCGGCCAGAGCUGUAAACACCACAUCACAAAUAUGUAAAAAGAGAAGAGUUUUUAUUGGUUAUAUACUGUAGAGCUGACAGUGUUCGAGUCAGGAGAGACAUGCAGAUAAAGUGUGUGUUUACAUUUGGCAUGCAGACUAAGAGCACUGUGUAACUGGAAGGAGGUGAGCACCAUCUGUAUCCGCUGCGUAGGCAGCCUGGGGAGGAAAGCGCCGGCUUCCCUCUACUGAGCAUGCUGAGACAGGGAGAGUUCUGAGAGGGUGAAACAGUGCUGAUAGCUCUAUCGGACACAAAAUUUGUUUUGGGGCAACAGGCAACGCUGUUGCCCUGGAAAAUUUGCUUAACUUGGAUGAGUCUCUGAUUAUGAAAAGAUUUCUUGCAUUAUUUGUCUUCUAACUAAGCUGCCCCAGCCCAAAUAUAUGUCUGCAAAUACAAAAAAAUAGAUUUAUUCUCUUAAAAAUACAUUCCAUGCAGCCUGGAGUGCUGCUUCCCCAAGGCAGGAGGCUGCACUGCGUGCUGGGCAGCCCAGGACGGUGGUCCUUUGGGCCCUUAGGUUCCUGGCCGUCAG